CUCUUUUCUCUCUCCUUCCUGCCGUGUGCCAUUCCUCCCUCUCUCUCUCUCUUGCUCUCUCUCUCUCUCUCUCUCCGCACUCACCCAAAGUGGCCAGAUCUCUCCUCUCUUUUCUCUUGUCCUGUCUGCAUCCCUCCACCACUCUUUCUUUCUCUUCCUCCACAGCGACCAGCCCGAGUCUGUUCACAUUCACCUCCACAAGUUGAAAGGAUCUCAGCCCACCGCUUUCCCAAACUUCCUCCGGCCAAAGACUUUAUUUUCAUUCUUGACCUUUUUUGGGUCCCUCAACAUUUUACUACCGUAGACACCGGUUGGUGUGUGUCUGGUGUGUGUUACGUCUCCGGUGUUGUGCCCCUGGGGACGUCUCUGUGGGUUUUGACUGGCGAGAAGAGCAGAGAAGAGGUUUUUUUUUGACACAAUGAAAGUUCAGCUGCUGCUCCUGUCGGCCCUUGUUGGCCUUUUGUGCGCCUUCACAAGUGCAAAUCCAAUUACAGACCCUACAGAACUUUAUUCUUCAGCUGUGGCCAUUACAGAAGGAGAAGCCACAGCUGGUGUUACUCUAGUGAAUAAUCCUGUUGUCACCAGUCUUCCUCCAUCUGAACCAACAACGGUCCAUGUCGAAAUUACAACACACGUUUUCAAUGACCAUACGACUGUGCCUGCGCUUACAACCGAAGCUCGAGCCCAAGUCACUGAAACAGAAGCUCCCAAUACACCUACCCAAUACACUGAAUAUACAUCUGAGGAGACCCCAUCAUCCACUGAGCAAGUAUUCAGUGAGCCCCAAACAGACGACCUCGCUGAGACAAUGGGCCCUACUGGGACAGUGAUCCCUGCUGACACAGAGGGCACUGCUGAGAGAGUGGGCCCUGUUGGGACAGAAACCACUGGUCUGAUCAUUGAGGAGGACACAGAAGGUGAGGAAAGUGUGGGAGAAAGGAGAGAGGCCCUGAGCUCUGGACAGAUUGUGGGCAUUGUAGUCGGCGCCCUGCUGGCAGUGGCCGUCAUCACAGCAGUGGUCAUUGUUGUCUUGAAGAGGAUGGGCGAAUACUCACCUUGAGGAAAAAGCCUACAAAGCAGCGGGACCGUGCGAAGUUCUGGAAAUUCUGAACUACUGAACUGUGACGUCAUUUCUGAUUAUUAAAAACAAGCACGCAAUGCCAGAACUAAGCAAACCUAACCAGCACUCUGGACUGUGUUAACAAAAGCGAGGGGCGAGGGGCACGGGGUGGGGAGGGUGGGGCUUUAUUUUUUUUAAUGUAUAUAUUGCAUGUAUGUGAGACAAGAGGGGUACACGAGCCAAAAUCCUCACCUGCCCCUGCAAACUUCCUGAUCCCGAGGAGCUGUUAAAGAGAACAAAACAAGGUGACAACAGGAUGUCAGGAAGAAUUUCAGGCUUUUCAAAUGCAUUUUGUAGAAAAAAGACAAGACAGGGGUAAGUCCUCCACAUAAGCGAUUUAGUGACUGACUUAGAUUAAUAUCAAGAAAGAAAAAUGACAUAAAAAUUAGAAAUACUUACAAAUCAAAGACAUAAGGAGGCUGGGAUUAGGAAAGAAAACAAGAAAUACUGUUGCCAAUUUUGCUGGAUGUAUAUACAGUGCUAGACAAAGACUAUACAGCAUUCAGUUACUCAUUUUCUCAUAUGUUGCACUUGCAUAGGCUAGGCAUUUGAUAUUAUGGAAUAUGCAGUACACUAUGUACAGGCAGCCUUAGGCUAUUGUUGUGGCUAAAGCACCCACGAGCACCGGUAUAGAGUAUGCUGUCAUGCAGCCACAGCCCCUAAUAUGUUGGCCAACUGGAUGAAGCUUCUGGCCCUGGUGAGCUCUGAGGGUCAUCAGACACGAAAAGACACCCCUCGUUUGCAAGAGUAACGUGACAUUCUGCCCAGUUUAACACUUACAUAUAAAAACCUAAUACAUAUCUGUGAAAUUUAGCAGAAGGGUUUGUGCCACUGUCUCUGGUAUUCUCUAGCUAGCUAAGAGGAUUUUUUUUUUUUUGGAAGUGCAUUAAAAAUGUGAAUUGAAUGUACUUUUAAACUGAUACCCAUUCCAAAACAAACAACUUGGCCCGUUGGCUUAUAAAGGCUCGCACUUUUGGUUAUCAGACAUAGCAGUGACAUUGUCUUGACAGUGCUUCUGUUAAUACCAGAACAGCCAUCCAGUCCUUUCAGUUGACCUGACCCUAGAUUGCAUGCAUAGGAUGACAAUUUAUAAUUGCACUUUGUUUUAGUGCAAAGUGUUUGGCAGUUAUGCCUUUUUUUUUUUUUUUGCAAGAGUGUGUCACAUGGAUGUACAAAUAAUGACGUCUCGGCUUACCCCUGCUUGCUUUAAAAACGUAUUUAAUAUGUGCACUGACUGAGUGGUGUAAUAUUUAAUGAACAAGCUUCAGACACUGCAAAUGUUUGCAACGAUACGUGUCCCCCGUCCCACCCACCCCUUUUGCUUUGCUGCAUAUUAUCACUUCUGAGUCUUUAAUUUGUGCCGUCUGAUUCGUUCAAAACGUUUAUUUAAUUGCAGUGCUUUUGGUCAUACUGUUUCAAUAAAAAAAUUUUAAA